CUGUCAAAUAAGUUGUAAAUGGCAAUCUUUUUAUUUCAAAAACAUUAAACAAUUCCUAAAUAAAAAUAUUAUUAAAUGUCACGAUCAAUACAAUGUUAUUGAAGGUGGUGAUCUUUGAAAGGAGAGAUGGCCAAGGGAAUGAGAGCUUCAUGAGAUAUGACAAACUGCGAGGAUGACCCAUAAAAUCCCCAUUGAUAGUUCCAAGGUACUGUUAUUUGGCUGGCAUUACCAUUUCAUAAAUGAAACAAAAUGUAGUUAAAAGCUUUCAUUUAUGAACAUUUUAUGCAUCGGUACUGUUUAUUAUCUUGAUUUAAAACUAAUUGCAUUCCUUCAACAUCCACUUCAUCAAAGUCCUCCAUUGCAGCUCUGGGUUUUGCUGCUUGCCCUUCAGCUGUACAAUGUAUUGCCAGUCUAAGCAUGAAUAAUCACAAUCAAAUCAAAUGGAAUUAUUUUUGCAUUCCAACGUUAACCUAUUUUCAAUAAAAAACAUUUUUGAGAGGAAUCACAGGCUAAUUCCAACAACAUUUCGGUUGUGAAGGCUGAACAAGAAAGGUCAGAGCUUCAGAGGAAAAUUGGAUUGCCUCCAUGCCAACCUCUAGCUGAGGCUCAGCAUAGGCCAAGGCUUGGUAUAGGAAGGAGAUAUUAGUCUAUCUGUUAAAGGGAAGAAACCUACUUAAUCUAGUUAGGUUUUCUUAGCCUUGCUAUACAGCUUUGGAGCAAAGACUAAAACUUUAUACUAGUAGUCCUCAUGGCCACUCACAGGCUGUAGACUGGGCAGACAGCUGAGCGUGGAUUAGGAGAUUAUUUCACACUGAUAUCAAUAUAUUGAUCCGAAGUCAGCUGAAGGAGAGAAUGGCGAAGAGAGAGACGGAGUGAGAGAGAUCGUGAAUUGACGAUUUUGCCGUUGCUGAGGCAGGGAGGUUUCAGACCCACAUGCAUACAGUGGUAUCAGCAGCUGUCACUGUCAUUGUAUGUAGUGGAGUACUGCCAGUCCACUGGCUCAGUCAUUCCAGUCGCCUCGCUGCUUCACGUCUGCUACUUGCAUCUGGCUGUACACCACAGCGCGCUGGGCUGCUACUGGCUUGACUGUCUGCUCCUGUUCUGUGUGGCAGUGGAGGUUGUAGGGUUAACCCUGCCUUGAUGUAUCAAGACUGGCUCUUGUGACUGGGCGUUUGUUUGGAAGAUUUGUCUUGAAGUGUUUCCUGGAGGUAUUGAAAGGAAUGAUUUACCAUAUAUUUGAUCACUUCAUGAUGCGAUAUCCUUAAGGUGAGGCAAUACUUCAGCAUACUUACACUGCCUAUCUAUGAAGAAAGUGUCAUCCUUUGCGUGUUGUGUAUUACCCUGGAUAAUCAGAAGUGUUUCACUUCUGGCUGAAAGUUUUUAGGAAGAAUUUACAGAUUGAUCUCAUCAGACUGGAGGAAAAGUUGCAUUGAAAUGUUCUAUUGAUGUCUCCUUUAAUGUAAUUCCUUGUGACAUCUACGAGGUAUAACUGGUCACUGAAGCUAUUGUACUGCCCCAUCAUCAGGCACGUAUGCAGCUCUAGCCACUAGUAUCAUCAGACACAAUAUAUAGAUUGCCUAUCUUUCACUUCCCUUUCAUUCAUAGUAUUCUGGCUCCCCUCCGCCUGAUCAUAAUUACUAGAUAUUCUUCGGACACCAAAGCCUUACCUAAGUGAAUUUUAGCAGUGUUCUGCCAAAGCUUUUAUUGGAGCUUAGGACACAGUCUGCAUUUGACACAACAGGCUAGUAUUCCAACCCUCUGAAAGUACUGUUACACGUGGAAUCAAGGUUUUUCCAGUCAUCUCAUUUUUCCGUGCAGAAAAUGAUCCCCAUCAAUUUGUGGCAGGAGCAGACGACACGAUUAGAUUUUCAAUUUACAUAACAGCCGGGAAACCCCUUUCUGACGGCAUCGGCAGCCUAGUUAAGAGAACCAACAUCAAGAAACACGGAAGAAGAGGGCUUGGACUUGAUCAGUUGCUUCUGUGAGGAAUGCAUGUUCCCUGACUCCCUGAAAAUCAGCAGGUACGGCUGACUUGCCAGUUUACAGAACCUAAUUAUGGAUAUCUGUGGAUGUAGUGCAUGAAUUGCGACUCUUGAUGCACAUUACUUGAAGGCCCAGUGGGAUGUGUUCAUGACCACUAUCAAUUUUAUGCAUACUAUCUCGCUAAGCUUACAGUGGUAAGGGAUUAAACCGACAGCUACAUGCCCUCGGCAGGGGAAACACAUACCUUUCAGCGUAUCAUGUAACGUGGGGAAGCGAGGGCGGCACGUGGAAGAGAGAAGGAAGAGCAGUGAGGAUCAUAGGGAGGGAUGCUGCUUGAUGGUCUUGUAUCGCAUCACAGAGGCUCCCUAUGUGGGGAUUCUUAAAGCAGCAUUUUGGAUUUUAACUUUUAUGGAUCAUUGAAGACUAUAUUUUGGAUUUAGAUGUGGAACAUAGGCUGUGAAUUUUACUAUUGUUUUAAUGUGAGUGCUUCUGUCAAAUUUGGAUUUUAUCAUCAUUCAUGACAUGGGGUUCCUAUUGCAUUUGGUGUGUGGUUGAAGUGAUCAGUUAGCAACUGUAUUUGAAGGCAAGAAGACAGGAGUUUACAAUUGGACAAGGUUUACUGGAUACUAGCACACCAACUGAAAAUGUACAGAUUUGAAAACAAAUUUGUGGUGUGGACUUACAUCCUGCUCAUAUGUCUUUCCAUUGGAUACCUAUCUGCAGAAAACUGUGAUGUCAUUGUGUCCAGCCGUCAUGGCAAUUCCAAAAAUGGAACAUUCCGUUCCCCAAAGUCGAAAAUAACCGGUAAUUACCCCAGCAAUUCACACUGUAUCUACAAGUUCAUUGGAUGGUCAACAGAAAGAGUGAAAAUCCGGUUCACUUUCUUUGAUUUACAAGGGAGAGCACCUGCGUGUGACCAUGACUAUCUGGACAUCUACACACAAAUAAAGAGUGAACGAGAGACACUGAAUCUACUGGAUGCUCAGCUGGCUGGUCGCUUCUGUGGAGAUUUACUUGGAGUUUACAAAAUGAUUGUGUCUAGCAAAAAUUUCAUCGUCCUCUCCUUCUAUACAGACGCCACCAAGGAGCAUAAAGGCUUCACGGGAUACUAUGAGUUCUUUGAUGCUUUGUACGAUAUAGGAACCGAGGCGCCACCAGCCAUGUGCGGCUACACCAUCCGCAGCGAGAACAGGAAGACGGGCUUCAUCAUGUCCCCUACCUUCCCCGGCAUGUACGCAGACAACAUGUUCUGUUACUACAAACUCCAGGGGAAAGCCGGAGAGAGGAUCAAACUCCACUUCAUCGAGUUCUCCCUCUACCAUGGAGAGGAAUAUUGUCCAUAUGAUUAUGUGAAGAUCUAUGAUGGAUACACAAACGAUGCCCCUGUAAUAGGCACAUUCUGUGGCAACUAUGACAACACAACUAUCCUGUUCUCAUCUGGAGAAGCAUUGCACAUAGAGUUUCUUACAAGUCAGGGGAGGGUGUUGUUCGAUAAGCAGCCUCUUGAAAACAGUGGUGAUUUCACAGUACCAAGAAAAGGAUUUAACAUAACAUAUAAAUUCAGUGAUCAGAUUGUGAAGUUAGACUUUAUACUCCCUGAUGCGGAACACUUAAUAGGAACAGAAUGUGACCAACGAAUAAUGAGUAAGCAAGAGACCAAUGGCACAAUAAAGUCCCCUAAUUACCCCGUCUCCUUUCCACAAAACAUCACCUGUCGGUACUACCUGGAUGGCCUCAUGGACAGACAGCAUCUGGAGAAAGCAAGGAUAAUAUUCUUUGAUUUCGACAUUCCAGGGAAUAUGCCUUAUUGUGCACUGGGCUACGUUGGUCUCAAUGAGGACAGUCGCCUCAAGGAUGGAACUGUGAAGGAGAAAUUCUGUGGGACACUGAGACCGCCACCUCUAACAAGUCAAGGUCCUCGUCUGGUCCUGACCCUCGACACUCGAGGGGCGGUCCAAGGCGGGCGCUUCAUGGCCAAGUACAAGUUUAUUACAGAUUAUUCAAUCCCAGGGACCCAGAUCUCAGAGGAUUAUGCAAUCCCGGGGACUCCGAUCUCAGAAGGCCAGUGCAAGUUCUUGUAUGAUGACACCAGUGGGCAGUCUGGGACGUUCAAUACGCCUCGUCAUCCAGGCAACUACCCUACUGAUCUCACCUGUGAAUACAUCUUCCGACCCGGUCAUGAUGUCAUUGUUCUCAUAUCAUUCGACUCAUUUGAUCUAGAUGCAAGACAACCAAAUCAGAUGGGGUGCCUGGGCAGGGACUACCUGGAGAUUCUUGAAGAGGGACAUACGAAAAAUAAUUUCUCACUUGUAGAGAGGCACUGUGGUGAAAUAGCUCCCGGCCCUUAUACAUCAUCAAGGGUCGUGAAGAUUGUCUUCCAUUCCAACAAGUCCAUUACCAAGAUGGGCUUCAAGGCCAGAUACUACUUCCAGACAAAGGAUGAGAUAUAUGGAAAAUGUGGAGAACAUGUAAUCAACAGUCAGGGUUCCGGAGGAAUAAUAAAAAGUCCUGACUAUCCCCGAAAAUACAAGUCAAGGACAUUUUGCCAGUGGACUAUCAGAGCCAGUAAACCUACCAAUAAAAUACUUAUAGAAACAGCCACCUUCCAGUUAGAAGGAAUGAUGAAACAAACAGGCUGCCAGAAUUCUGUGAUGAGAAUAUACGGUGAUGUCAACUCCGCGCAGCCUGUCGAAGUGUUGUGUGGCUCAAUGAACUCGAAAAUAGCUUUCCUUUCUACAGGAGACACGUUCAGAAUAACAUUUGUGACAUCAUUUCGGUCACUUGGUGGUAAAGGAUUCAAGUUAUCAUGGACAGAAGUCAGUGAAGAUGAGACCUGCUUUGGUUUUAAGUGUGCUAAAAACAACUACUGCAUAUCAUCUGAACUGAAAUGCAAUGAUUUACCUAACUGUGGCCGAAGUGAUGAAUCGGAUGAGACAGCUGAAUGUCCCACUACAGCAGGGGUGCAGAUUCUUCACAUAGCCAUAGGAACAUCCAUAUCUUCAUUUUUCUGCAUUAUCCUUUUAAUAUGUGGAUUUUACCACCGACGGAAAUUUCGCUCAGAAAGGACUCCUCCUGAUCAUGAUCAUGUAGAAGUAAGAUAUGUGUCUGCUCCCACAGGCUGCAACACAACAGACAGACUCCUAAUGGAGGAGAAGACUCAAGAGAGUCCACGGUGUCAGAAGGUCUCUAUGGUAUGAUGGAGGCUUGUUCUAGUGUAUAUAGGAUUCAAAUUAUAUGUUAAACACAGGCAGCAAGCAAUUAAGUACAACUGGGCACCACCGCUUCUGUGUAAGAGUUGGCGUAUGUUUGGAGUAUACUUGUGCAGUACCAUUGCAGUAUACUUGGAGUCCCCUUUGUGCACAUCAGCAGUAUACUUGGAGUACACAGUAUUCUGAAGUCAUAACCGUGGGGCAACUAAAGCUUUGUGUGGCAUGCUGUCGAAAGUCUUCAAAGAAGCGACAUGCCAUAUCUGAAGAAGUAAUCAAGGGAGAACUAGAUGUCACCUUCUGAGGGAGAAGGAUGUGUUUCUGAUUGAAGAGCUCAUAUUACCUUUUGAAGUCCAAUGUAUUGAGUUAAACAUGAAAGAACAUCAGAAAACUUUCAUUAAAAUGUGUACAGAUUAGAAUAGAGUGCUUGUAGAAUACUGGAGAUUUUUUUAUUCAUACAAAGGACAGUACCAUUUUCUUUCCACUAUCCCAAGUACUUAAUUUGCACUGUACUAUGUCCAGCCUGUAUUUGAAUGGUUCCAUGUGUAAUGUCUGCAACAUCAGGAACAUUAUCCUACACUCAAUACAUUAUCACAACCACAUUGGCUGUGGUGUUUCAAGCAAACCCUCAGAUAAGUUGACAUUGCUUAGCUUCACAUAGUUCAUUAUGAUCUCAGCUUCUUCAACAUGGAGUGAACAUCCUUAUACUUUGAAAUGGACCUGGACAUUUUAUAUACAUGUUCAUGUCCUCUAUUGCAUUCAUUGGUACUCCACUUUAUGACAGACCCUCUUGACUCUGAGACACAUAUUAGUCUGAGUAUUUAUGAUGGAUGACUUGAAUGGAUGUGUAUUCUAUUGAAAUGCAUCUUCUUGUUUAAUACUGGAUGAAGCCCUCUGUGUUAACCUGUGUACCAGCGAUAAAUGACCUGUAUACCAGCCCUUGGUCCACCUAACCAACCUCAUGAUGACAAGCACAUGAUCUACUCCUGAGAGAGAGAGAUCUACUCCUGAGGAAUGAAGUCUAUACGUUUGUCAUUGUACUCAACUUCCCUAACAUCAACUGUUCAGAACAUCUCCAGAACAACUGUUUACAUGCUUCAUACUGUGCAUAUUGACAUUCAGACAUCAGGGCAUAUUUUGUGUACUUGCAACAGAAGUAUGUCUGAGAUGUUUUACAAACUUCAGCCAAAGGAAGAUGACGACAUCAGCCAACCUUCAAAUGGCAGUACCACAUGACUGAAAUAACUACAUGUUUGAUCUUGAAAUGUAACUUGGUGAAAGAUCUUUCAAAAGAGGUAUGUAUAGAAAUGUUCCCCUGCAAGAUGGUUGGUACCAAACAGUUACCUCAUGUACAAGCUGAGAAUCUGUGUACAUACAUCAAGUCUUACCUCCAUGACACCCGAGUCCAGACUUUUAACCUUCUGUUACUGUACUUCCUGUGGUGGUUGAGUUCCGACAACAAAUGAUUCAGAUGCUUACAUUAUAUGCCUGGCAAUGAACAGGAUAAAGUUUAUUGUGUUUUGAAUAUUUUCUGUGUACAGUUCGAAAUGUACAGAAGAAAUGUGUACAGUAAAAAUAUUCAUACUAUUGCACUGGACAGUUUUAGUUGAUCGUCGAUGUCCAAGUGUACAGACAUUUUAUCGUGCAUGCAUAUGUGUAAGAGGAAUCCAGUGUUUGGAGUUUGUGGCUAGAACAGAGCAUGGUAAUGUAUGUGCAGAUGUGUAGAAAUAUGUUUGGUAUCUACAUUAACAAUACACAGGGAACAGUAUUAUUGUUGUGCUGUCAGAGUACAGGUACGACAGGUUUAGUUGAUCAUGGCCAUUCUACACAGGUAGUGCCCAGGAGACACGGAGGAACGAGUAAACCCAUCCUGAUGUAUGUAUGGCUGUUGUGUGUGUGUGUGUGUAACGCCCUAUUACAUGGAUUACCUGACCUGUGUAUGGCUGUCACGUGCUGUCCGGCCAUUGGCUGAAUCUGCUCAUGAAUUGUCUAACCCGUGUAUGGCUGUCACG